AGGCUCUCACUCAGUGGCUUCCGGCUGGAUUUGGUCUGAGUCCAGCGCUAGGACUCCCUGACGGGCUCUGCACGUGCGCCGCCGCAGCGUGGGCUCCGGCGACCCUGCUGUCCAUCGGCAUGUUCGAGGAGCCCGAGUGGGUCGAGGCGGCCCCAGCAGUCGUGGGCCUCCAUCCCGCGACAACGCAGACCCGGCCGGCGACUGCCCCGCCAGUUAAGGGCCGCAAGCGCCGCCAUCUCCUAGCGACAUUACGAACCCUGGAAGCAGCAUCUCUUUCCCGGAAAUCCCCCAGCCCCCCUGGCAGCGAUUCUGAGGAGGAGGAGGUAGGAAGGAAGAAUAAAUACCUCCAAAGGACCUCACUUGCCAAUGCCUCUAAGGAAGUAGGGGAGAAAAGAAAAAGAAAAUGUCAAAAACAGGUGUCAUCUGUCAGUGACUCUGAGGACAAGGAAGUAGAAAGGAAAUGCUUAAGACAAACUUCUCUUGGUGGGAUCUCUACUGAAGAAGAAAAAGGAAAGAGGAAAUGCCAGAAAUAUUCCCACUCACACCCAACCCAGCCCCUGGACAGUGUUGGCCAAACAGUUCACAAUUCGAGGACAAGUAUUGCUACAAUUGACCCAUCCAAGCCAAGCCCUGAGUCCACAUCCUGUAACUCCUUACAUACCUUGAGCCGCAAACAGUGGCGUAACCGGCAGAAGAACAAGCGGAGACACAAGAACAAAUUUCGGCCACUUCAGACACCAGAGCAGGUUCCUUCCAAAGCUUCCGCAGAGGAGACUGAGACGCUUCCUGCUCCAGCGUCAGACGAUCUGCAGGCUCGCGCCGGAGCCCUGCGAGCACGCAUGACACAACGGCUGGAUGGGGCGCGAUUUCGAUACCUUAACGAACAGUUGUACUCGGGGCCCAGCAGUGCUGCCCAGCGCCUCUUCCAGGAAGACCCUGAGGCUUUUCUGCUCUAUCACCGUGGCUUUCAGAAACAAGUGAAGAAGUGGCCACUGCACCCAGUGGAUCGUAUUGCCAAAGAUCUCCGCCAGAAGCCUGCAUCCUUGGUGGUAGCUGACUUUGGCUGUGGAGAUUGCCGCCUAGCUUCAAGUGUUCGGAACCCUGUACACUGUUUUGACUUGGCCUCUCUGGACCCCAGGGUCACUGUAUGUGACAUGGCCCAGGUGCCUCUGGAGGAUGAAUCUGUGGAUGUGGCUGUGUUUUGCCUUUCACUAAUGGGAACUAACAUCAGGGACUUCCUUGAGGAGGCAAAUCGAGUGCUGAAACCAGGGGGUCUGCUCAAAGUAGCUGAAGUCAGCAGCCGCUUUGAGGAUAUUCGGACAUUUUUGGGGGCUGUGACCAAACUUGGCUUUAAGGUCAUCUACAAGGACUUGACCAACAGCCACUUCUUCUUGUUUGACUUUGAAAAGACUGGGCCUCCUCGAGUCGGACCCAAAGCCCAACUCUCAGGCCUGAAACUUCAGCCCUGUCUCUACAAGCGCAGGUGAUCAGGGGAGGACUCAGACUCCAAACUCAGAACUCUGAAGACUGGACCUGCCCACGCUGUGAGCCAGGACCUGGUGCUACCCUCCUUCUGUACCAAGAAUACUGCUCAGCUCUAUUCUGCUGGAGCCUUCUUGGCUAAAAAAGCAUGUAGUUACCUGAGCAGGCUCAAGAAUGAGGAGUUUAUUGUGAAGGGUUUGGUGUAUCUGGGAACUGUGGGUCCCUUCAGAUAUCAUGUAAACUAGUUGGCUUGGAAUUGAUGGAUCUCUGGAUUUGGUUUCUCUUCAUUUUUCAGAAGGCUCAUGGGCACUCCACUGUGCCAUCUUCUGUGUUGUCUAGUCUCUGCUCCUUCGACUACAAGGCUAUAGACACACAGCUUUUGUCUCAUGGCAGGUCCCAAUGCUAGUUUGCCAGUUAGGGCUGGGAGUUAUUUAAUUUCAUUCUUGGAGCUGAGAAUCAUUUAAUUUCUUUUUUCUUUUUUUUUUCUUUCUUUCCUUCCUUCCUGUUGUUGUUUUGAGACAGCAUCUCACACUAGUCCAGGCUAACCUCAAAUGGCAAUUCUCCUGCCUCAGCCUCAUAAUUAUUGGGAUUACAGGCGAGGGCCGCUAUACCCAGCUUAAUCACUUAAUUUCUGACUAUUCCAUUUCUCGUUGGAAAAAUGUAGAAGUUUUGUGUUACAGCAUGUUAACUGAGUUAACUGGUAGAAUUAUCUGCAAGGUUCAUUAUGAUGCAUUCCCAGCACUCUCCUGUCAUUUCUGGUUCUGUAGAUCUUAGUAGGGUCCUAGAAAUUCUUUUCUGGUGGCUUUGGGUUUUCUCCUUGAAGGAGGAAGCAAAAUUUAUUCAUUAAAAGUAAACGUGAGCCGGGCGGUGGUGGCGCACGCCUUUAAUCCCAGCACUCGGGAGGCAGAGGCAAGCGGAUCUCUGAGUUCGAGACCAGCCUGGUCUACAAGAGCUAGUUCCAGGACAGGCUCCAAACCACAGAGAAACCCUGUCUCGAAAAACCAAAAAAAAUAAAUAAAUAAAAGUAAACGUGGCAAGAGGACUGGAGUUUCGAGAAGAUGAAGACCAUUUCGAGGAGAAUAGGUGAGAAUGAGUAAUGAUUGGGUGUGGUGGCACAUGCCUUUAAUUCCAGCACUUGAGAGGCAGAAGCAGGCCCCAGGGGAUACACAGUGAGACCCUGAAUUAAGGAAGCAUAGAAGUAUUGGUAGUGUUAAUAACACACUAAGUUCAGCCAUGAGAGGAUGCUGAGGAUUUGAUGAGCCUAGAGUUACUCCUGCCCUGAAAAACAAAGGCAAGGAAAAGCUCAGAGGCUGGAUGGUGUGGCAGUGGGUGCUGCUGCUUUGGCACUGGCUUGCAUUCGCAGAAGGUGCCCUGACGAUUUCCUUAUGCUCCUGAGAGCCCUGGCAAGAGCACAUGCAUAUCUUCUGUACAUCUUGUGCUAAGUGUAAGGUGAGCUUGGGUCCAGUCCCAUGGUACCAUUUUGAAGAGAUAAAGAGACUUCACAACAAGCAGCGAGGAGUCAGCCAUUUGGGCUGAUGGAAUGGUUUCAGGAGGCCACCCGGAAUAGUGUAGUAUCUAUCGGGUAGGAACAGGGAUUACCUGUCAUUCAAACCACCGAGUCAAGCCAGACUUGCAUUUCCUUGACUCUCCUCCUCAGUAAUUGUGCUUGGAAUUAUUAGCAAGGAGAUGGGAAAAAGUUAUGGAGAGCAAGGAGCUCUCCUCCAUUUUCCAAUGCAGCCUCUGUGACUUAGGUGAGGCAAAGCUGGAAGGGAGAUUUAAAGCCACCACAGGGGCCAGUUACUUAUUGUUACACAGAAUUAUACAUGCUAAUUUAAAUUAUUUAUUCCUUGAGCUGAUCACGGGACUGUCCGUUAACUAAGAA